AUGCCGCUGGGUUUCGAGCGCCUCAACGAGCGCACUCAGCGCCCAAACGCAUGUGUUAACUUCAUCAAACCGCUGACCACGUCCUCCCCGGAAGACCAGAAGAUAGCAAAGAAUUUCCUGGAGAGAAUCGCAGCGCAAUGCUACCCCGUGAUGAAGAGAGAUUACUUGUCUGUCAUGGCUCUGGAAGAAUAUGAGCCCAAUCCAGAGUUUCUAGGGCGAAACUUCAAUGCUGGUGAGGUUAUUCAGUUGGUCCUGAAGGACAAGUCUGAACGCUGGCUCAGCUUCAAGUUCGUGCAGAUGGUCAUGAUGCAUGAGCUUGCGCAUUGUAAGCAGAUGAACCACUCGCGUUUCUUCUGGAAGGAGAGGAAUCGCUUCGCAGCUCAUAUGGAAGAACUCUGGGCCGCCGGCUACAAAGGCGAAGGCUUGUGGGGACGUGGGCAUGAUCUCACCAGCGGUACCCUCGUACCGGACCGCAUGCCAGACGAUGUCGACGUUCCGGAGCAUCUCUGUGGCGGAACGUACCGAAGGGGACGGCGUGGGAAGAAAAAGGGUGCUCAGGCUGGAGGCGAGAAGUCGAAACUGACGUACGCCGAGCGGCAACAGAAGCGCAUCGCGAAGAAAUUCGGCGUGCACGGCGACGGUCAGAAUCUGGGCGAAGACGAGCUGGUUCGCGGAGCGCUGGAGCAUGGUGGUAAACGUCAUCAGGGCAAGCCUCGUGUAGCCAAAAGCAAGCGUGGAAGGGAGCUGCGUGCGAGUGCAGCAUUGGCGAGGUUCGAAGCACUCAAGCAGCAGACGCCAGAGAAGACGCCUGAGCUCGAGGAUGAUGACGGCAGUGAGACUGAGUCUGGAGAGGACGACGAUGAGUACGCAGACGGCAUGAACAUAUUCUCGACUUUCGAGAAGAUUAAAGAUCAGCGAGGCCGGGAGCUGUUCAAGGUCUGCGGUGAUGAAGGCGAGCAAGACGAGGGUGGUGAGGACGAGGUGGACGAGCUGCGUCGCAUACGCAUGGAUCAGAGCAGCAAGGCUGGCGGCGAGAAGCAGAAGCAGCCCGAAAAGCUCGAAGGGCGCCCUGGAAGGGCUCCUGCGAAGAGGCAGUACGAAGACUCCGAAACGGAAAGCGAGCCGGAUGAAUCUGGACUGUCGAACCCUGCGAAGAGACCGCGCGAGGACUCUGAGACGGAGAGCGAAGCAGAAGAGGGUGAAGAUCCGAAGCGUCCUGUGGCAGCAAACGGAUUUCAGGAGUCCUCCAUGCCGGGAAGAAAGCCUCUCGACGAUGUAGCCCGUUCAGAACCUCUCAAGCCGAGCGACAACCCGACAGUGCCUGGUGUCGGUCAUAGAACGGAGAGGACCACGACUGUCUUGGACAACAUCCGUCUGGCUGAGCGCGAACCGGAAGUCUCUCCCGCUCCGGAUCCUACGUCUGCUGGCAACCCAUUAGCAUGUUCCAUCUGCUCUCUGGAGAACGACCCGGCCUCUCCAACCUGCAUGGCUUGCUCAAAUGUGCUCAAGCCUUCGCUCAUGCGCAACGUCUGGCGCUGCAAGAGUGCAGCGUGCAAAGGGAGUAAAUACAUCAACGCUGGAGAUGCUGGUCGGUGUGGCCUCUGCGGCGGUCCAAAACCGGCCCCGGUGACGGCUCCUAUCGGUAUCACCAACGGCGACGUUUUGAGGUGGGACUAA